UGGUUGGUUGCAAAAACGUUAUUUAAGUUGUCAGUCUUUAAUAAUCCUUAACUAAAUUAACCUUUAGAGUCCAGUACGUGAUUGACCCUUCGCUGCUACGUGUUUACUUUUUAUAUUUUCAUUUUCAUUCUCAUUAUGGGUGUAACACACUAUAAAGUCAGUCUGAUUUGAGUUUACAGUUAGUCUGAACCCAUUUUUGUUUCUCUUUCUCACUUUUUUUUUGCUCCCCAGAAUGUCUGUUUCAAAGCAAAGUGUGUUUUCUAUGUUUUCAUCUUCAUUUACAUCAACUAGAAGCAGUGAUGAUCCUAAAAAUUCACACUAUGAAAGUCAGCAAAUGAGAGAAGUUCACAGUCAUUUAGAGGAGAGCAUCCGUCCUUACAUUGACCUGAUAGACACCCUGAGGUCAGUUGGCAUUCACAAGGAUUUGGCAUUGCCAACUAUUGUAGUGAUCGGAGACCAGAGUUCUGGAAAAAGCUCAGUCUUGGAAACACUUUCUGGAGUUGCACUCCCAAGAGGAAAUGGCAUUGUCACAAGAUGUCCACUAGAGCUGAGGCUGAAGAAGGUAACAGGUGGAGUCAGCUGGAAGGCUGUUAUUUCUUACCGUGAGAAGCGAACUGAAUUUGCUGAUCCUUCAAUGGUUGAAAGACAUGUUAAAACAGCCCAGGAUGAGCUAGCUGGUAAUGGGGUAGGAAUCUGUGAUGAGCUCAUCACUUUAGAAGUCAUGUCACCCGAUGUGUGUAAUCUCACAUUGAUCGAUUUACCUGGAAUUGCGCGAGUCCCAGUAGCAGGACAACCAGAUGAUAUUGCAAACCAGAUAAAAAAACUGAUAAUCAAGUUUAUUGUGAUGCAAGAGACUAUUAACCUGGUUGUGGUCCCUUGUAACAUUGACAUCGCAACAACAGAAGCAUUAAAACUUGCACAAGAAGUAGAUCCUGAGGGCAAAAGAACUAUUGCUGUUUUGACCAAGCCAGACAUCAUAGACAAAGGUACAGAGAAAAACAUUCUAGCCAUUGUCCAGAACAAGGUAAUUCCUCUCCGUAAAGGUUACGUCAUGGUGAAGUGCAGAGGACAACAGCAGAUCGAUGAUGACAUUUCUCUGGACGAGGCCACAGAAAUGGAGAAAGAGUUCUUUCAGAAUCAUGAGUUUUUCAGACGCCUGUUGAGUGAGGAUAAAGCGACAACUAAAAGUCUUGCCAACAAACUAACUCAGAACCUUGUUGACCAUAUUAAAAAAUCGCUGCCACAGCUCAGUGAGCAGAUAAAAAAGCAGUUGUGGGACCUGAGAGAUGAUCUAAAAGAGUGUGAGUCUGGACCCCCACAGGAUUCAAAAGGGGCCAAACAAUUUCUUAUUAAAAUCUUAACAAAGUUUAAUGGACAAAUCAAGUUAUUAUCGUCAGGAGAGAAGAUGGCUGAGAAAAAUUUGUUUGUGCUGCUUCGGGAGGAAUUCAAUAUGUGGAAUGAUCAUCUUAAUGAAACAAAGAAGUCCUUAAAACAAUCAACUAAAGAGAAAAUAGAGGUUCUCCAGAAUUUCAGAGGGAGAGAACUGCCUGGCUUCAGCAACUACCGAGUGUUUGAGGUGAUUUUGCAAAACCAUGUGGCCACACUUAAGAACCCAGCAUCUAAAUUACUGAAUGCCAUCAAAGGCAUCAUACUUGGCCAUUUCACUGAGGUUGUCGAAACUUGUUUCCAGAACUAUCCCGUUCUUCAAAGUAUCACUAAGGACAAAAUUGACAACAUUCAGUCAAGCCAGCAAGCAAAGGCAGAGCAGAGGAUCUCAGAGCAAUUUAAAAUGGAAAGAAUGAUCUUCACUCAAGAUCCCAUUUUCUUAAAGGCGUUGAAUGAGAUCCCAGAUAGUGAGACAUUUUCAAUAGAUGAGUUACCUGUCUUUGACAAGAAAAGCAAGUACAGUGACAUGCUGGAGGCGUAUUACGAGAUAGUAGUGCAGCGGAUGGCUGACCAACUGCCCAUGAUGAUAUUAUUUUUCAUGCUGAAGCAGACUGCUAAACUCCUAACUGCAGACAUGUUGAGUUUACUGAAAGGGGUGAAAGUGAGCGAGCUCCUGUUUGAGGACACAGACGUCAGCAGAAGGCGUAGAGACCUACAGGCUCGUCUGGACCGCCUGAGUAUUGCUCAGGAAACCUUGAGCAAUUUUGAAGGAUCUGCUGAGUAGAGGUUAUCAUCUAAAAAUGAGUCGUGUAUUAAAUAUGUAAUUACAUUCAUGUAUUCUGAACCAUUUAUCCUAGGUUUCAACAUGUCAUUUGUGUUGCUGCUUCAAAUGAAUUACUAAUUAAGACAUUAAAAUUGUUUUUAAGUUAUUUUUGUAAUUACUAUGUCUGAAAAGUAAAUACUCAGUAAGAAUUUUUAUUUUGAUAUAAAUGUUAACACUUUUCAAUUGUUAAUGCUAAUGCAUUUACUAAAAUCAACAGUGAACAAUACAUUUAUUACGGUGUUUAUUCAUUCCUAAUAUUUCAUUCUUCAAGUUAGUAAAAUCAUUAAAUGACAUACACAUUACACACUUUUGCACCAUUCUCCCUAGAAAUCAAAUGUGAUGCUGUCCAUCUAGGCAUAUGUCAGGACUUAAUGUGGCUUUAAUAAGAUUAAUGCAGAACAAGUUAAUUAAUUUUGUAACAACACUUAUGCAGCAGACCGUUUGUUGUUAAUUAACAUGGUAACAAAUGAAAGUAUUUCAGUAUAGUUAAGUUGGUCCUUCAGUAAUUUCUGAUUGAUCCAUUCUUUCAUUCAGCAUUGGUUUCAUGCUAAAUUAACUAUUAAUUUACAAAUUUGUUAAUCAUUAAUUGUGUAUCCUUAUUGUUAAGUGUUGCAUAAAAUGUGUAUUUAAUGAAAUAUUGAUAUGUAAACAUUUAAGUUUGCAGAACAAAAAUAUUUGUGGUUGUUUCAUACAGUGGCCACAAAUACUCUGUAAAAAAAAAUGUUAAUUAAAAAAUUCAAUGUUUUGUGAUUCA